UUGCUACCCCUCACCACGUUUCAGUCCAAGCAACUAAACAUCGUUCACGCACUACUUUUUUCUCCUUUUCCUUCCUUCUCUUCUUCCUUCUCUGCAUUUUUCUUUCUUUCCCUUGCUAAAACCGUAUAAGAGAGACGAGGGAGAGGGAGAAGCAGGGAGAGAGUGUGGGGAAGAGAAGAGACCCAACCAGUGGGCUAGCCACCGGACUGGGCGGACGGCGACGCCGGGUCCGGCAGGCACUGUUCCGCGCCGGCGACGUCACCGGAGUUGAGAUUCCGGCGAUUUUUGGUUCCUAAAACAGAGAAAAAUCCACCCGUUGAUGCAGUAAGCUGGAAUCACUUUCUGGUAAUGGCAUAGACCCCGCUAAGGGCUCAAGUUUGUGUUCCCCUUAUAUCCCAAAACGGGGGCGUGACAACCCAACCUUGUGCAACCUUCACGCGACUCUUACAUCGGUGCCGGCGAGCAAAAACGACUAUAGCAAAAAUUCACUAAAAUUCUUGUAUUUAAGAGUGGCAUUUGGAAUGAUAAAGACUUUGAUCCAUCCUUGCAAAAAUACGACAAGUUGAUGUGGUCUAGUUUGAAGGAUGAUAGCACUAACAAGGAUGGAAUUUUGAUUAAUGUCUUGUCCAUUUCCAACCACAGAGGUUAAAGCUUAUAAUAAGGAUGAGUGCAAGGCAUUGCAAUUCCCAGUGGGAAAGAUUGAAGGGCCUAUGCAAUUAAGGUCCAAAAGACCUAAGAUGGAGCUCACUCUAACACAACCUGAUGACUGGCAUCUUCACCUCCGCGAUGGUGAUCUUCUUGAUGCUGUUGUCUCUCACAGUGCAAGUCACUUUCGAAGGGCGAUAGUGAUGCCAAAUCUGAAGCCCCCCAUCAUCACAACCACAGCUGCUGCUGUGGCUUAUCGAGAAUCGAUCUUGAAAGCUCUGCCUGCGAAUAGCAAUUUCACUCCUCUUAUGACACUUUAUUUGACAGAUAUGACAAGUCCAAUAGAGAUCAAGCUUGCAAGAAGAAGUGGGGCUGUUUUUGCUGUGAAGUUGUACCCUGCUGGUGCUACAACAAAUUCUCAAGAUGGAGUUACGGAUAUUUUUGGGAAAUGCCUACCUGUCCUUGAGGAGAUGGCUGAAGAGAAUAUGCCUUUGUUGGUUCAUGGGGAGGUUACAAAUCCUGACGUUGACGUAUUUGAUCGUGAGAAGGUCUUCAUUGAAACUGUUUUACAACCUUUAGUCCAGAGGCUUCCGCAGCUGAAGGUAGUGAUGGAACACAUCACUACGAUUGAUGCUGUUAGGUUUGUUGAGUCCUGCAAAGAAGGAUUUGUUGCUGCAACUGUUACCCCACAGCAUCUUCUUCUCAAUAGAAAUGCCCUCUUUCAAGGUGGAUUGCAGCCACAUAGUUACUGCCUUCCAGUACUCAAGAGGGAGAUCCACAGACAGGCUAUUGUUUCUGCUGUGACUAGUGGAAGUAAAAGAUUUUUCCUCGGAACUGAUAGCGCUCCUCAUGAGAGACGAAAAAAAGAGUGCCCUUGUGGAUGUGCUGGUAUAUACAAUGCUCUAGUUGCCCUAUCACUAUAUGCGAAGGUCUUUGAAGAGGUAGAUGCGCUUAACAAGCUAGAGGCAUUUACAAGCUUCAAUGGAUCCGACUUCUAUGGUCUUCCAAGAAACACAUCGAAAAUAAAAUUGAUUAGGACUCCAUGGACGGUACCGGAGUCUUUCUCCUUUUCAUUUGGAGAUAUCAUUCCAAUGUUUGCAGGGGAAACGCUUGAAUGGCAGCCAUCCUUCAUUUGAUUCAAAUUUUUACUUAAGAGAUGAUGACUUUGGUACUUUCCAUGUCCUACAUUUAUCGUACUAUGUUGAGAGUAGUUUCAUGGAAUUCUGAAUUCAUGUAAUGCUUCCACAAACGACAUUAUUCAAACGACGCUAAGUGAAUAAUGUCUUUUUUUUGGGCCAUAAACAACACUAUUUAAGCGACACGGAACAAUAUAUAUAUAUAUAUAUAUAUAUUUUUU